CACACAGCACACGAGCAGCAGCAGCUGAGUGCGAUCGCGUCGCGACGUGCGUAUACGACGCACGACGCAUAAGCGACAACGUGGUCCUCUCGAUUUCAUCCUUCUUUUGACGCCGCCACAUGAGCUCCGAAAGAGCCGCGUCGGAGCCGUCCGCGGUAUUGCAACAAGAACCGUCUUUGCAACGCAGAGGCCGACGUCGCCGUUUACCGAACGGGAUGGACUAUCCAUCGGGAGGCAGCAGUCCUGCUGUCAAGAAGACCACAGUGCUAGUCAUCGGAGCCGGACUCAGCGGCUUGUCAGCCGCCAAGCUGCUGUCCGAGCGUGGCAUUGACGUCACCAUACUCGAAGCACGUGGCCGGGUCGGAGGCCGCCUGUUUACCAUAAAGAAUGAUUUGGUUGGCUGGGUGGACCUGGGUGGAUCGUACGUGGGCCCCACGCAGAACCACAUCCUGCGUCUCGCCAACGAACUGCAAGUGGACACGUAUAAGAUAUUCGACGACCUCAAGUUGCUGCACUUCAGCGAGGGCAAGGCGUACCCGUACGAAACCACGUGGGCCCACUUCGGCCUCAAUGACCCCCUUGCAUGGUUCGACAUCAACUACGUCAUGCGCAGGAUGGACAUUAUGAUGGAGCAG